AUGAAACACUACAGCAGGGGUUGUCAAUUAGUUGGGCCGUGCUGUCAGAAGACCUUCUGGUGCCGCUUCUGCCAUGACGAGGCAAGCGAUCAUGCGAUCGAUCGGCAUGCAGUGAAGGAGGUCAAGUGUGCUGAGUGUGGUCUGGUUCAACCUGUGGGGCCAGCGUGCAUCGGGCAGGAGUGUGGAAACGCUUUUGGGAAAUAUUUCUGCUCCAUCUGCAAUUUCUUCGACGACAAUAUCUCGGGAGAGCCUUUUCAUUGUGACGGGUGUGGGAUAUGCAGAAAGGGAGGAAGGGAAAACUUCUUUCACUGCGAUACAUGUGGUUGCUGUUACUCAAACGCGCUGCGGGACCAACACAGAUGUAUCCAACAGAACAUGCAUCGGAACUGUCCAGUGUGCCUGGAGGACCUCUUCACAUCAACCACAGUCUGCAAAAUCCUUCGCUGCGGUCAUGCCAUUCACUCCACGUGCUUGCACUCCAUGCUGCGAUCUCGCACCCAGCUUCUUCGAUGCCCGAUCUGCAUGGUUUCAAUCGGAGAUCCUUCGAGGCAUUGGACAUUGAUAGACGAGGAAGUCGCGCAGGUUCCGAUGCCCGAGGAGUAUCGAGACAUGAAGGUGGUGGUGCUCUGCAACGACUGCUCCGCCACAGGAGAGACUCCCUUCCACGUGCUCGGUUUGAAGUGUCCGAACAAAGACUGCGGAAGCUACAACACCCGGCGGUUGUGA